AUGGCUGCUCUCAACAGAAAAUAUGCGGCAUUGCCAGAUUUGGAUUCAGCACCAGACAUUUAUGAAACCCCUGAGUUAACAGAGGAUAAUUCAACUGCGCCGACUGGCAGACCUCGUUCGCAAUCAACUUCUUCUUCUUAUCAAGAUUUCGAUGAAGACGACGACGAAGUGGGAGGUAUUUCCCGUGCGCGACUACAGCCCGAUGAAGCCCGUUCGCAUUUCUCUCCAGCACAAGUAGAUGCACGCGAUGUAGACUUCUCCGAUAGAGUCACGGCAAAAAGGAAAUCAUACAAAGCUUCUUCCAGACGACAUAGGAAGAGACAAGACGACACAGAAGAAUUUGGCGACUUCAGUGAUGACGAUGAUGGGGAAAGCUUGGAACGAAAACUCGCAAGAUUACGACGUGAAAUUGAGGAAGUUAAAGAAGAAUAUGGAAAGAGGAAUCAAGAGAAGAAGGAUAUGGGUGAAGAAGAAGAGUCCAACGAUGGAGAUGAUGUUGCCUCCUUGAGUAAAUUAUUGGAUGGAAUAUCUGUCAGUCAAGGAGAUCAAGUCACAAGUGCUGGAGCAAGAUUGGCGAGGGAUUUAGGAACUGGAAUCAAAGCAAACGGGCCAUCACAAAUUUCACAAGGAACUGGAGAACCUGCUACAUACACUGUUACAUAUGCACCCACAUACCAACAAAGUCAUGCUUUGGCGAAAGCAGCAGAUUUCGAUGGACGAUUGGCACUUUUAGAAAAGGUUCUUGGACUUAAUUCGACAAUGGACUCUACUAGUAGCUCAACGGCCGUUUUACCGACUCUUGAUAUUCUCGAAAGACAAGUCUCAAUCCUUACCGAGUCUACGCCAUCGUCCCUUGACAGCAUAAGCCGAAGAGUUCGAACAUUGACACAAGAAGCCGAAAAACUAGAGGAGUCUCGAAAAUCGGCCAGAGCUGCAAAAGAUGCUUUAAGAUCGGCUGGAGGAGAAACUGCCCCUGAGGAUGGAGAAGACUCAGAACAGAUUUCAAAGAUCAAUGCGCUUUAUGGAACUUUGCCUACUAUCGAGAAUCUCGCACCUCUUUUGCCAUCCUUGUUAGACAGAUUACGAUCAUUACGAGCUAUUCACGGAGAUGCUGCUACAGCUAGUGAGAACUUGGAUAGAGUGGAGCAAAGACAAGUCGAAAUGUCAAAUGAUAUCAAGAAAUGGCAAGAAGGAUUAGAGAAAGUUGAGGAAGCAAUUAAACAAGGAGAAACGGUCAUUGGAGGGAAUAUGAAAGUGGUCGAAGGCUGGGUCAAAGAUCUUGAAGAUAAGAUGUCAAAAUUAUAG